UAUUCAUGUUGUGGUUUGUAUUCUACAAGGAAAAGGACAUGGCGGCCAGGAGUAUGUUGGUAGCACUGCUCUUCCUGAUAGCUAAAAGCAUACAAAUCAUUGAUCACCCUGGCUAUAAGGGCUGCUACUGGGACGAGGCAGAAAUGAGAGACAGCGCCUUUGGGCGUUUUGUCGUCAGAAACAACACCAUGACGGUGGAAAAAUGCUUGCAGAUCUGCAAGCGGAGGAACGACAGCCUUGCCGGGCUCAGGCAACGCGACCAGUGCCACUGCGGUAACCGUAUCAGCGACAAGAGACGAUCGCGAUCUGACCGACAAAAAUGUGCUUUCAACUGCACCGGGAAUGAGAGGCAAUUCUGCGGGGGACAUUAUCCGCACGAAAACAAGACGAGAAUGUCUGUUUACAACGUCUCUUCCAGUGAAUGUCCGCAUCCGGCAAUCCCAGCACACGGCUCGGUGAUGGAAACCGGGGAUUUCUGGUUCGGGUCAGAGGUCACCUUCCGGUGUGACGUCGGUUUUGAGCUCCACGGCAACCGCUCGGUGCAAUGCAUCCAGAACAAAUUUGGCAAUGUCAUUUGGUCUCAGGCGAUUCCAGGAUGCCUCGAAGUCACGAGCCAGCAAAACGGGCACCUAGAUUCACCUGGAGACGAAGACUAUGAGACUCCAGAAGUUAGCAAAGGAACAGUCGUCGGGGUGUCGGUUUCACUCUCGCUCUUUUUCAUACUCGCUUGCGGCUUGUUUGGAGUCUUCGUUUUGAAACGGAGAAAACUGCAAAGCGACGAGACAGUGGCCAGCAGUGGAGACAUCGGUCAAGAGCCUGACCGCGUUGGAAUGAAGAAAGACCAGUCCGGAAUCAGUCAGGCGCACGCGAACAAUACCUACGGCCUGACGACACGGCCAUCUCCUUACGAAGUCGUGGAGCUUGCCGAUGACGUAGAGGAAGCCCAUCUUUCCACUGCUGCAGAAGGUGAAUCUUACCCGCGGAAAGGAGAUGGAGACGAUCCGGUGCCCAUUCGUGAACGGUCAGAUUGUGCAGACGGCGACGACCUUCAAGAGGCUGGCGUCGGUGCCGGUUACCGGUCACGGCCAUUGGCCGAUUCAAGUCUUGAUGUUGCAGAUGAAGGAGGCUGGGUGGAUAACAUAAUUUACGAAACUACCGAUCAUGAGGACAAGACGUGUGUUUAGUUGUGGUUAACCCUAAAAGAGCCGGGUUAUUUUGGCCCAUCUCACAGACCGAGUAGAAUGAGGGGGUCCCCAAGAGCUUGGCUAUACCUUGCUCGAAUUUCGGAGACUUGGCAUUAAGAUACUCCUUUAUAUGACAAUUGUGAAGUUGUUGGUAUGGUGAUUUGAAGUUCAAGGCUGACCGCAGGCCAGCCCACGUACAUUGAGUACCGCAGUGGAAAAAGUAUACUUUUUGGCUGACCCGUCUCGGAAAAAUGAGCGCUGCGCAAGAACAGUAUAUCCGAUUUUCACAAACUUGGUGUCAAAAUGACCGCCAAGAGUUACUCUAUAAACCGAAAAGCCCAACUCUUGAAAAAUGCAGUGCGAUGAUAUCAGGUAACAAUAUGGGGGGAUUCCGUCCCGGCCCUUUUAAGGUUAAGCAUAGGCGCGGCGUUUGGCAGUCCGUAAAUGAGCCCAUUCGGAACCAUCAGCCCAUCACCUAACAUAUAGCGCGUCCGAGGUCAUUCGGACACGCGUGCGAGGCCUGUCCUUAUAUUAGUGCAGCCCUACGCGGACAAGCGCUUG